ACUCUUUUAUUGACGCUCUCUCGAAUCUCCUAAAGCUCUUUCUACGUUGGUCUCUCGGUUAUCGUUGCCCUUUCCUCCAAGCAAACACCACAACACAAACCUCUCUUUUUCUCCCGCUCGAUCGCGCCAACAACCAGAAGCUCCUCCAAAUUAUGCCGACAGUGAGUGUGAAAUGGCAAAAAGAGCUAUACCCAGCAGUGGAGAUAGAUACAACCCAGCCUCCAUAUGUUUUUAAAUGUCAGUUGUAUGACCUCACAGGGGUACCACCUGAAAGGCAAAAGAUAAUGAUGAAAGGUGGAUUAUUAAAGGACGACUCUGAUUGGUCGAAAUUAGGGGUUAAAGAGGGUCAAAAGUUAAUGAUGAUGGGAACUGCUGAUGAGAUUGUAAAGGCUCCAGAGAAGGGCCCUGUUUUCAUGGAGGACCUUCCGGAAGAAGAACUAGCAGUUGCUGUGGGGCAUUCUGCUGGAUUAUUCAAUCUGGGAAAUACCUGUUACAUGAAUUCCACCAUGCAAUGUUUGCAUUCAGUUCCAGAGCUUAAAUCUGCUUUGAUUGAGUAUCCCCAAUCUGGCAGAAGCAAUGAUUUAGAUCAGUCUUCUCAUCUUUUGACUGUUGCAACACGAGAUUUAUUUAGUGAGCUUGAUAAAAAUGUCAAGCCAGUUGCACCUAUGCAGUUUUUGGUGGUAUUGCGGGAAAAGUAUCCUCAAUUUGGUCAGCUGCAUAAUGGAUCCUUCAUGCAACAGGAUGCUGAAGAAUGCUGGACACAGAUUUUGUAUACUCUAUCUCAAGCUCUUAGAUCUCCAGGUUCCAGUCAAAGUAUCGAUACAGUGAAGGGACUUUUUGGCAUUGACCUUGUUAGCAAGGUGCAUUGUGCUGAGAGUGGUGAAGAAAGUUUAGAAACAGAGUCAAUUUAUUCUCUUAAAUGCCACAUAUCACAUGAAGUCAAUCAUUUGCAUGAGGGGCUGAAACAUGGGCUGAAAUCAGAGCUAGAAAAGGCUUCUCCUUCUUUGGGUCGAAGUGCAGUUUACUUGAAGGAUUCACGCAUUAAUGGAUUACCAAAGUAUUUGACUAUUCAAUUUGUGCGAUUUUUCUGGAAGAGGGAAUCGAAUCAGAAAGCAAAGAUUUUGAGGAAAGUGGAUUAUCCAUUGGAGUUGGAUAUUUUUGAUCUUUGUUCAGAUGAACUUCGCAAAAAACUGGAAGCUCCUCGUCAGAUGUUAAGAGAGGAAGAUGGUAGAAAGGCUGGUUUGAAACUCAAAGAAAAAACCCCUCCUGCUUCAACAGACAAUGAUGUUAAGAUGUCUGAUGCAGAGGGACCAUCAAAUGAAAGUGGAGAAGUAUCUAAAGCUGCUUCUGGAGAAGAUAAGAAAAAGCAGUUAACGGGAGUAUAUGAUUUGGUUGCUGUGCUGACUCAUAAAGGCAGAAGUGCAGAUUCAGGUCAUUAUGUUGCUUGGGUCAAACAAGAGAAUGGGAAAUGGAUCCAAUUUGAUGAUGAUAAUCCAAUCCCACAAAGGGAAGAAGAUAUAACAAAACUUUCUGGAGGAGGUGAUUGGCAUAUGGCUUACAUUUGCAUGUACAAGGCUCGCACCAUUGACAUUUGAGAUUUGAGAUUGAAAAUUAUACACGAGAGACUUGCGGUUUGAUGCAAUGUUGAUUGAUUCAUCUGUUUUGUGUUCUUUGAAUUCCAUGGAUAUAAUUAAUAGUUAUAGAGAUUAUAUUAGUAA